UUUAAACCUGCUCUCCUUGUCUGCUGCUUCAGCAGUCCAGCACCACAUACUUGCAUUCAGGAUCCUGGAACCCUCCCUCAUCAGGUCAUAAUUUCUAAUUCUGUGUUUGCCUUGGCUGGGUUGGAACCGUCAGAGCAGGAGCUAUGUCUGUGACCGUGUUUUAUGCCAGUGUGAGCGGUUCUUUGGAGGUGAAGAAGCGUCAAGAAAGGAUCAAUUCUGUGCUAAGUUCCAAGAAAAUCGCCUACAAAUCUAUCGACAUCACACAGAAACCCGAACAUAAGGAUUUGAUGAGGAAAAUCGCUAACAACCCAACAGCAAUGCCUCCUCAAAUAGCCAACGGUUCCAAUUACUGUGGAGAUUUCGAAGCAUUUGAGAAUGCAAUUGAAGUGGGAAAAUUAGAAGAAUUCUUAAAAAUUUAAAACAUUGACCAAUACCUGGCUGCCCUUGUGAUGGAAGAAGCUGUUUCUUUAAUAAAAAAAUAAUUCAUUUCUGUUUGAUUAAAAUGAAAGAAAAAGUGGAGAACAAUGCUUGCAAAGCCCAAGUCUUAUUGUUUAUUUGAAAAUAAUUGAUUGGAAAAUAAUUGAUUCAGUUCUUUGAAAUAAAUAUCUCUAAAAGUUGGAA